CAGGAUCCAGGCCUAGUAGUGCUGCCGCUGGGACUCUCCUCAUCCGCUCUCAAAAAACUGGAAAUUGGCACAUUUAAAGGCCAAAAUGAGCAGAUCGACGCUCACGUUCGCGGUGAGCGACAGCGGAAUGGGAGGAACCAUGGCAGCAUGAGUGGGCGGUACUCCGGCCCCGGCAGGGAGACGCAUCAGUCCAGCUGCCCUUUGACCCCCGGCCCUGACCUCUCCACCCACUCCUGCUCCUCCAGACACCAUGAGCACAGGAUCGGCCUAACCAUGUCCACCGCCUCCUCCCUCAAGCAUGCGUCCAUCUAUGGUUUCACACAAAGGGAGCACUCCUCCUCCUCCUCCUCCUCCUACAGUCCUCUGAGGAGGCUGCAGCACCUCACCACCAUGGUGAGCCAGCCAGACCUGGUCCUGCCGGGACGGGAGCCGGAGCGGGGCUGGGAGUGGGGCGUCAAUAAGAAGGAGAGGAAGGAGGCGGAGAGGGACUCCUGGGCCGAUUGCACCAGCAGGGAGGACAGCUUUGGUAAAUCUGGACAAAAACAAGUCGCGGUCCCGACGAGAAGUCGAGACGCAGCCAAUCGGAGCGACGCCGUCGUCUCCGAGAAGAAGCCUGACGGUUGUUUCUCAAGCCCGCCCAGCCCGGCCUUCUCUCUCGACAGCAACAGCCCCUUCGCUAACGGUUUCCUGCACUUUGAAUCUUCUCUGUUUGAGGAUGACAACAAUGAUGAAGAGCGGGCAACGGUGUCGCCUGCGGGUGGUUUGCAGGACAGACGUGAGAGGGCGGGGACUGUUCUUCAGGCCGCUCCUGGAGACUCAGAAUCCAAGGCUACGCCGUCGUCAGCCAAGAUCGUGACCCGGUCCCAGUCCUCGGGUCAGCGCAGGAGAUACUGGGAUGGCUCCGAUGACGAGUGGGAGAGUGACGCCGAGCUGUUCCUGCUGGAGGAGAGUCCCCCGCGGCAUUCAAUGAACAGCUUCAAGAAAAAGUCUUUGCCGCCUGUCAAGUUUGUAGAGGGUGAAGUUAUUUGGGCAAAGUUCAACCGAAGACCAUGGUGGCCCUGCGAGGUGACCGUUGACCCGGUGCAGGGACUCUAUCACAGAGUGAAAGAGCCCAGUGACCGGCCCUGUCGGCUCUACCAUGUCAGGACUUUUGGGGAGCCCGUGGAGCUAACCUGGGUGGAGGAAAAAGCAACUCACACUUUCCACGGAGGCUUUGAAUUUGAACAGCUCCCCCUACUGCGCCGGAGGGGGAAGCAAAGGGAGCAGAACUACAAAUACACUAUUGCAAAGCGUUUUCAGAACUCUUGGAGAUCCAGUGUGGCAGAAGCUGAAUCUGUUCUCCCAGAGAGACCCAAAAUGGCCUCCUCCAUUCCCUCGUCCAGAGAUGACGUCUUUCACACCAGUUCCACGCCGGAGACAGUGAACAGGGCCCAGCCGACCCUUCCUCCCUCGUCCUCGCCCGCACUUCCUGAAACAUCACUCAUGACCAAUGGAUCCAUUUUAACUCCAGUGAUGUCAUCCCCAAUGACAGCUCCAGCAAAGACAAGCACUUUAAGGAAAUCUUCUGGAAAGAAAAAACCAAGUAAAUUGUCAAAGGACGUCAACAGUAAACACUCAAAAAAGACGUUUCGUAAUAGUCCUGACCAAUCAGAGAGAGACAAUGGAGAGUGUCCAUAUUCUGACCUUGACUCAGUCCCCAAGAUUUUGUGUCCCAAAGCACUCGAACGCCAGCCGAAGCUAACGGCAACUCAGCCGUCCGUUACAGUCGUCAAAGAGGCGAAGAAGCAGCCAGAGACUCAGAGUGGUCUUUGGUUCAGUAAAUCAGGCAAAGACAGACGGCCCAAAACAACCAGUCCGAUGCCAGACCGCUCUCUCUUUAGCAAAGUGCCCUGUAAGAAGAAGAACUCGUCUGUUGUCAGUAAAAAGACUCUGGUUCCUGGGGCCGCCUCCUCCAGCGGUGGGUCAACUGACCAGUCCGGGCUGUUGGACAAGCAGAAGAGUCUACCUGCUGAAACAGUUCUGCCACCUGAACCAUCAGGACAUCUGAGGUGUAAAAAUAGCCUGGUUGCUAACAGGCCUCUUGGUACAACUGGCAGUCCUGCUGACCAGUCAGGACUGUCAGACAAGCAGCGGUCUAUGGGCUCUGUUGAGACUCGUGUGCCCUCUGACCAGUGUGGAUAUUCAAAGAGUAGAAAGUCAGCCAGUAAUACAUCUGACACUGUGACUGUCUCAGCGUCUGACCAGUCAGAUAGCUCGGAUGGUAAAAAGGCCUCAGUCAGUUUCAAAGACCAGCCUAGGUUUUCAGAGAGUGUAAAGAGUCUCAGCCGAACUGAACAUUCAGACAUGACGGCUAAUAAAAAGGUCUACGUCACUGGCAGGAUUUCUGACCGAGCAGCCGAAGAAGAAAGUAAGAAAACUUCAGCAUCCAGUUCAAAUGUUGACACUACUGAGCCAUCAGAAAGGCUGGAAAAGCAAACAAGUCUGGUCUCUAAGUGUAGGCUGCCCUUUGUCAAGCUAAUACGGAAAGACAUGAAGGGUAAGAAGGUCCUGAACUCCAGUGUGACCAUCAGUCCAUCUGACCAACCUGGAUGUCCUGAGAAUGAAAAAACACCAGAUACUAGUGGGACUAAAAUGUCCUCUCUACAAUCAGACUGUGUGGACAGAAGUGUCUCUGUAGAGACACUGGCAGUCAGUUCUGAACCGUUAAAGGUCUCAGUUAAGAAGUUAAAAGCAAGUGGUGGGACUGGUGUUCUUCAUCUGUCGUCAGAGUCAUCACAAGAGAAAGCUGUAUCUGAUGAGUUUGGAAGCCCAGAAGCAGAAAGGAGGCCCAUUUUAAAUGUAAACCCAACCAAUGUGACUUCCUCCUACCAAUCAGAGCAGUCAGAGGGUAAAGAGACUCCAGCCUCUGAUGUGACGAACAUGUCCUCUGACCAAUCAGGCAGCUCGAAGCAAAAAGCAACACCUGCCACUGGUACAGCUUUUAAUACGACUUCAGUAUGUGGGGAUGCUCAUGUACCUGAAGGUCUGUCCGCUGAGAAGUCCAAGAAAGUCCACAAACCAAAGCAGGUUCCAGAUAAAGUGAGUAAGGUCGUACUACACGAGCAGCCGGCCCACCUGCCAGCCAGCAGUCGACUGAUGACCAGAGCACUGAAGGCCAUGCAGGAGGCGGAACAGAAGAAGCGUGUAAAAAGGAAGGAAGCCGAGCAGAAAGAACGCUUCAGUCCAUACGGGAAAGGACCUGAGGACCUCGAGAACCACUCAGCACACGCCUCCACGUGGAGUCCUGAGGCCAAGCGUUGCACUAAAAUCAACUCUCUCAAAUCUCAAGGCCAUGGUCAGGACACGUUUUCCAGCUGUAGCACCCCCCCUUUGACGUUAUCUGAGUCGGCUGACUUUGAGGCUGAUGUCAAGAGUGAAGACGAAGACCUCUCAAUAUCCUCAACCCCGCCAAUGGACUUCAUACCUCUUACUUCAAGGGUAAAAGCAAAGAAGGAAGAUCAGCCUUCUGACACAUGCUCCUCAUCAUCACCUUCCUCGCCAUUUGCUUUUAUGAACGCCUUUAAAAACGUGGAGGAGGUGUCCUUCCAGUCCCUGACUAGUGAGGGCAGCGGUAAACCCGUCUCUUUCAAAGCAGACGCGAACUACAAGUUCAGCACUUUUCUCAUGAUGCUGAAGGACUUGCAUGACACUAGAGAGCGGGAGGGGACCCCCUUAGAGUUGGAAAUUGGGCCACCGAGUGCACAUGUUAAGGAGGAACCCUUAGUGAUGCCUGGAGAGACUAGACCCACAGGCCAAGAUCAACUAGUCCAAAAUGUUAAUAGAAGUUCAAGUCCAAUCAAAAUCAAAAUCACACACGGUGAAAACAGCACAAGUCAGACGUCAAAGAGGCCCUACAACAGACGGAGCAGCUCCAGCGCAGUGAAAAAGAAAGCCAACCGCAAAGUGCCUUGCCGCCGUCCUGCCAGGUCUGGACCUGGUUUCCCAGGACUGGAGUCCUCGCCAGCAGUGGACUCUUCGUUAGGAAUGGAGUCCAGAGCUCUGUCCCUGUUGGACAUACAGACCAGCAGCUGGGAGAGGCAGGCGGGAGGUGGUGAAGGAGUGGUAGGAGAGGGGGAGGUGAGGUGGAGCAGAGUUAAUGAGAAUCUACAGAACGUGGUGCCUUUGGAGCAGAAGGGGUGCGACACUACGCAGAACGGCCUCGACUGUACGCAGACCAACACAAGCUUGAUGCACAACGCUGGAGGCGGCGACAAGGCUCCAACCGCACAUAAACGAAUACGAAAACCGAGCAAGAGGCUGAUUGAAUGGACCGAAGAGUACGAUCAGAUUUUCUCCUCCAGGAAGAAAAGCAAAAAGCCUCUCCAGUUGAUUGGAAAGGCCCCUCAGCCCGUCACCGCCGGGUCCGAGGCCUCGGGAUCAGACAGGGACUCACGUGACCAACCGUCCUUGAACUUACUUCCUGAAAUACAGACACCGCCCCCUGAGGAAGUUCCCGGAACGAUGCCCUCCGAGCUACAGAUUCCCAGCACUGAAAACACAUCUCCCCAAGACGCACCUGCGCUGUCCAUCGACACGCUGACCCCUCCCCCCGAGGCCGAGCUGUCAGAAGGCCUCGUCAAAGACGCCGGAGACGCUCCUGUGCUGGGGAGGAAGAGGAAGAGGAAGCCCACUCAGAAGAUCCUGGAGUACUGUCUGGAGGCAGAGGCCGCCACAGCCCCCAAGAAGAAGGUCAAAACACUGAAGAAUUCAAAUCCUGCGGCUCAGUCAGAUUCUGGGCCCCCGUCUUUAAAACCAAGGACUAAGCAGCUCACAGCGUCCAGCUCCACACCUACGACCACAGAGACUCCAACCUGUUCGCCCUCCGUGCAGACAGAUCCUCCUCCCAGCUCACCUGCACCCUCCAGUCCAGCGCCAGCGCAGGCCGAACCCGCCAGGGUGGCGACGCCAUCGGCAGAGGACGAUGCUCCUCAAGCUCAAGAGGUCAGGAAGGACGCAGCGGAGUCAGAGGUUGACCCGUCCAGCCUGGAUCACAGCUUCUCCUCCCUGAAGGACGACCUGUCGCUGUGUGACGACCCACUUUUACCCUCCAGGAAGAUCAUUGGGGACAGAGGAGGCCCCGCCUCCAUGAAGGAGAACAUAUGUCAGGUGUGUGAGAAGACAGGUGAGCUGCUGCUCUGUGAGGGUCAGUGCUGUGGAGCUUUCCACCUGCCCUGCAUCUCUCUGGCCGAGGCGCCAAAAGGGAAGUUUGUCUGUCCGGAGUGUAAAUCAGGUGUCCACACCUGCUUCGUCUGUAAGAAGCGCAGCGAGGAUGUGCGGCGCUGUAUGAUUCCCGUGUGCGGGAAGUUUUAUCACGGGGAGUGCAUCGCCAACUUCGCCCCGACCGCACCCGUGAACCGAGGCUUCCGCUGCUCCAUCCACGUCUGUCUCACCUGCUUCAUCGCCAAUCCCAACAGCUCGUCCAUCUCUAAAGGUCGUCUGGUCCGUUGUGUGCGCUGCCCUGUAGCCUAUCACGCCACAGACCUCUGCAUGGCAGCAGGCUGCGUUAUCCUCUCCAACAACAGCAUGGUCUGUCCCAACCAUUUCACUCCCCGCCGCGGCGUCAAGAACCACGAACACGUCAACGUCAGCUGGUGCUUCGUCUGCACUGAAGGGGGCAGUCUGCUGUGCUGUGAGUCCUGUCCCGCUGCCUUCCACCGGGAGUGUCUCAACAUGGAAAUGCCAAAAGGCAGCUGGUACUGUAACGACUGCAAGGCUGGGAAGAAACCUCGCUACAAGGACAUCCUGUGGGUGAAGGUCGGACGCUACAGGUGGUGGCCAGCAGAGGUCAGUCAUCCCAAAACCAUCCCAGAAAACAUCCAGCGGAUGAGGCACGAUGUCGGGGAGUUUCCCGUCCACUUUUUUGGCUCCAACGACUACCUGUGGACCUACCAGGCCAGGGUCUUCCCUUAUAUGGACGUGGACGCCAACAGCAAAGAAAAGAUGGGCAAAGGUGUUGAUGCCACCUACAAGAAAGCUUUAGAAGAGGCAGCUGUGCGAUUUCGUGAGCUUCAGGCUGAGAAGGAGCUUCGGCAGCUUCAAGAGGACAGGAAGAACGACAGGAAGCCUCCUCCAUACAAACAUAUAAAGGUGAAUCGACCAAUAGGAAAGGUUCAGAUUUUUACGGCCGACCUAUCGGAGAUCCCGCGUUGUAACUGCAAGGCAACGGACGAGAGCCCGUGUGGGAUGGACUCAGAGUGCAUCAACCGCAUGCUGCUGUACGAAUGCCACCCGCAGGUUUGCCCGGCAGGCGAGCGCUGCCUUAACCAGGCAUUUACAAAGCGUCAGUACAGCCAGGUGGAGAUCUUCAGGACGCUGUCUCGAGGGUGGGGGCUCCGCUGUGUCCACGACAUCAAAAAGGGUCAGUUUGUGAGCGAGUACGUCGGGGAGGUGAUUGACGAGGAGGAGUGCAGGUCCAGGAUCAGACACGCCCAGGAGAACGACAUCUGUAACUUCUACAUGCUGACUCUGGACAAGGACCGAAUCAUCGAUGCCGGGCCGAAGGGGAACGAGGCUCGCUUCAUGAACCACUGCUGUCAGCCCAACUGCGAGACGCAGAAGUGGACGGUGAGCGGAGACACUCGGGUGGGACUGUUCGCCCUCGUGGACGUCGCUGCAGGCACGGAGCUAACCUUCAACUACAACCUGGAGUGUUUGGGGAACGGAAAGACGGUUUGUAAAUGUGGAGCACCGAACUGCAGCGGCUUCCUGGGCGUCAGGCCAAAGAACAACCCUCCAUCUGAAGACAAAGGCCGUAAGCUGAAGAGGAGGGGCCAUGGCAAGAGGAAGAACAAGGCGGUGGUGACCAAAGAGCGAGAGGACGAGUGUUUCAGCUGCGGAGACGGAGGACAGAUGGUGUCCUGUAAGAGACCUGGCUGUCCCAAAGUCUACCACGCCGACUGCCUCAACCUCACCAAGAGGCCUGCAGGUCGUUGGGAAUGUCCGUGGCACCAGUGUGACAUAUGCGGUAAGGAUGCGGCAUCCUUCUGCGAGAUGUGUCCCAGCUCCUACUGCAGCCAGCACCGCGACGGCCUGCUCUUCAUCUCCAAGCUGGACGGCAAGUUGUGCUGCAGCGAACACGACCCCUGUGGACCCGAACCGCUGGAACCGGGGGAGAUUCGGGAGUACACACCCGAACCCAGAGCCCUUACCUCAGGUCUGGGCAUGGCCGUCAUCCCCUCUGCUGCUUGUAACGCCGCCGCUGGCGUGAACCCGACCACCAGGAAGGUCCAGGAGGUCGGCGCCGGCGCCGGCGCGAGUGUGUCCGGGUCACUUCCUGCUUUUUCCAUCCCGGUGCCCAUCACUAUACCCGUGGCCGCGCCUGCCGCCUCACCGCCACCCAGCAGCUCUGACGCUCCCAGCAGCCCCCACGUGUUUGACCUCCCACACUACUCGCCCAUCUCCUCAUAUGAGGAGGAGAGGGAUGAAGAGGAGGAGGAGGAGCUGCUGACGGAGGUGGAGGAGGAGUCAGUGGAAGAGGGCGAGAAAUCAGACCCUCAUGAAGAGGAUGGAGAGGCAGUGAUGGAGGACGUAGGGGUGGAUUACCUGGAGGAGGAGGAGGAGGAGGAGGAUGAAGAAGAGGAGGAGGAAGAAGAGGAGGAGGAGGAAGAAGAGUGACACAGUGGAUUCUUACUACAGUGACCUGGAGGCUCACAGUCACUACAGAGGGGGAGGAUGAAGAUCAACCAAUCACACCACAGGAGUAGCCCAGUCAGCAGCUGGCUGUACGGAGGAAGCUUUAGGACAAAACUAACUGAACACGUGAAGAAGUGAAGUUCAUGAAUGAAUCAAAGGACGACCUGUCUGGACUCGUACGGGGACCAGGGGGGUCGGUUCGCAGUGACUUUGCACACACUGGAGCUCGCUGCACCUCCGGAUGAGACAACGAUAAACUCCACAGGCUUGUUUCCUCUCAUUCUGAUCGCUGCCCCCGCUGGUGACUUUUGGUAUUUCUCGCGGUCGUGUUGAAGGCGACCCGGCAGAGCGGCGGCGGCGGAAACUACGCUGCAGCUUCCUGAACUCUUCCGUCUUCAGAUUUUGACACUUGAAUCAAAAGGUGGAGACGUUCUCAUCACUACAGUUCACGGUGGCUGGUUUUACUCAAGGACCAGAAAAAAGUUGAAUCUACCUGCGCGUAGACCAGUCCUCAGUCCUCUCGGCCCCACCCAGGCCUCACGUUCAGUUCGGACUGAAGUGUGUCUGGACUCACCCUCCAGCUCGUCCUGACGCCUCAGAUCGUCCGACGGUGCUUCAGCAGCUUCGAGAUCAGAUCAUCUGUGAAAACGUGAAGGUGCCAGAUGUUCACAGGAAACUGUCGCCGCAGCUUCGUGGUUGGUGGUCGUCACAUUUCACAAUCUAAUGGAGUUAAAGGAGAUGGUGAGACUUUGGGACUGAAGCUGCAGCAGUCAGUGUCAAGAAGACACUUUGAUUUCAGCCAGAACAGACUGACAGUAAUCUGAGUGUUCGGCCCAUCACGGGACUCUAAAGCUGUCUGAGUUGUUCUUUGGCAGCUCCAGUAGGAGACAGGUGGGACUGCAGGUUCCUCAUCAUCGAACGCUGUCCAACGCGAGGGCUCUGUCUUCCGUCUUGGCUGCAGAAAGCACUGAGUCUGCUCAUUAUUUAUAUCUUGUUCUGUGACGCACAAACGAAGACGGGGGAGGACGAGCUCCUCGUCUCCACUCUCCGUCGAGGGGAAGCUAAAGUCUCGGGUUGGACGCGAGACGGACUCCCGCCAUGACGCUUGCACUCGCAGUAUGUGUUCUUGCCACACGUGUUUCGCUCUGUCUUCAAGCUUAAUAUUGUCUGUGUGUUAUCUGCCAAUGCCUUAGAGUGUGUUUCCUUGGAGAUCUUUUUGGAUGGUUUGGCGCCUGUGAGAGCCAAGUGUCCCUUCUUCUGCCUUUUUACAGCUGCCCAACAAGCAAUGUGUCAUUCCAGUGUAAUUAUGACCAGUUAGAUCUCAACCAUUGACCUGCUAUAUAAAUAAUACGAGAAAGAGGUUAUGAAAUAAGCUCUGGACCGCCUCCUUCCUUUUUCAUUUCAACAUUAAGCGACACAAUAAAAACUAAAG